UGACUAUUGUUUUUGAAUAACUACAAGUGUUCAUUUUCAUGUUUGUUAUCACAUAUUAUUCAAUAGCGUGCUCCACUGAAACGACUAAUGCCAUGUGCAAUACAAUCCAUGUAUUGUGGACGAACCUCCUACAAGUAACGUAGCUAAUGAUUAAUGUGUAAUAGGACUUUCGCUUUGUUGUCCCUCCACAGAUUCCGUCCAUGGGUAAAGGAGAUGUGAAGUUGUUCGUGUUGUGAAGCUAACUCUCUAGCCAAAUAAAAUAAACAAAUCCUGUUGGCGGACGUUUGGGGCACAUGGUGACAUAUUGAACUGUGCAGAUAGUAUUGGGCAGCUCUUGCGAGAAGACGGUAUAUAACGUUGUAGAUAGAUUGCUAGCAGACACGGACACAGGCCUAAUCAAUCCACAGUUGCAAAGGAAAGCAAGUGUUGCCUGUCGCCAGCAUGGACUUUUGGAUUCGAUUUAGUGCGCAGAGCCAAGCCAAGGAACGAGUUUUCAGGGCUGCACAGUACACCUGUACGUUGCUAGGUUACACUCUCCAGAAGGGUGGGGCAGGUGUCGAGCUCCUGAAGACAGUGAAACAACUGGAAGCUCAUGUGAGCCUAACAAGGAAGUUGAUGCGUCUAGGGAACUCGGCAGAGGCUGUGGAGGCAGCGAAACGUGCUGUGCACCUCUCGGACAGCGUGUUGCGUCUCUGUCUGACCGUGGCCCACCUCAACAAGGCCAUGUACUUCGCCUGUGACAACGUGCUGUGGGCCGGCAAGGCUGGCCUCCUGCCCCAACUGGACCAGGUCAAGUGGAGCCAGAGAUCCUUCAGGUACUACCUCUUUGCCCUCAUCCUCAACCUAACCCGGGACGCCUACGAGAUCCGUCUGCUUAUGGAGCGUGAGGCCCACUCCACCCAUGUGGGGUCAAGGGCUACCUGGACCUCUUCUCCUCCCUCUCCACACCCCUCUUCGCACACCCCCGAGAACGUCGACCUCUCCGACCCCUCUUCCCUUCCCGGAGCCAUAUUACCUGUAUGCCUCCGCAGACAGUGCCACCUGCUGGUGACAGUGCUGCGCAGCAACCCACCGCUGCUGCUGGACCUGCUGAAGAACGCGUGCGACGUGUUCAUCCCCCUGGACCGGCUGGGCAUCUACCCCACCGGCCAGGGCUUCGUGGGGGCCUGUGGCCUGGCCUCUUCGGUCCUCUCCAUCCUCACCAUCGUCCACCCCUGGCUCAAGCUCAAACCUUGAAGAAGCCAGAAUAUUUGGUUGAACGUUCGAGCUCGAGUCGAACAUUCUUCAAGCCUUGAAGGAGACAUUUUGGCCAAACUUUUUAGGUCCCCUAGAAGUGCUGUUGUGUCGAGGAAUGCAGCAUGACACAAGAGCAGGGGUCCUGUACACUGCUUGCUUGGAAAGUUUUGCGUUUUUUUUAUUUGGAAUGCCAGCUUUUUGGGCAGAUCACGCUCGGACGAAGGUUGGUGGACUGAAACAGUGGCAUUUCGAAUCAAAGAGAGAAAAUUUGCAAAUGAGUGCUGUAAUCGAAAUCUGUCUUAUGUAUUUCAGCUGGUGCUCAGACAUGUUCAAACACAAAGUUCCCCAAAAGCCAUUUGGUUGAGUUGUUGAAAAGGACCUUCCCCAUGCGAGUGUAUAGAACCGGCGCAUGGAAAAUUGUUGAGUCAGACCGGUAGACGUUUAAACACCUUAAAGCACCGUACAUCACAACUGAUGGACUUUGAAGUGAUACCUAGCACAAAAAAUACCAGAUCGUCAUUCAAUUCUGUGUGUCUGAACACAAGCUGCGGGGAGCACAUUUUUAUCACCUUAAAUCAACGUUUUAAAUGGAUCCUGAUCUCCAGUUAGGAGACAAUUCCAUGUCCAUAUAGUGUUUCUGUCCUGUUAGCGUUAAAUGAUGUAAUUGGAAAAGAUUAUCUGUACAGUAUUGGUUUUGGAAAUGCGCCAAUGUCAUCCCCGUGGAACGCUGUACAGCUCGAUAAACCAUCACACAUUAAAGCCCUUGUCAAUGAAAAGGUGCAGUGAAGUAUUUGAUCAUACUGUGUGUGAAUAUGUAAUAAUAAUGACUUUUGAAGUGAAGGAUCCUUUUUAUAAACGGUAAAAGGGGACAUUUAUGGGCUGCCAGUCAGCUGUAUUUUUGUGCUGAUAGUGGUAAUACUGUAUGUCCACGUACAUUACCAACAUUUAUGCAUGCGUGACGUGAAUUAGUAUGUUUACAGAGCCAGAAAAAUUAAAGCAAAUGACUCGGUCAACUCGGGCAUCUAAUGAUUCUGUCUGUCAAACUCGUUGAAUUCACCCGACAGCUAUAUUAACACAAUAUUAUUUAGUCUACUUGGAAGUAAAUUUGUUUGUCUUCUUAAAAAAUCCAUUUGUAUAACUCAAUUACAUCAAUAGUAUAUAUUAAGGCCAAGCCAUUUGAAGCUAUUCAACCAGAUGCGAAUGGAACUAUAAUAGAUAUGUAAGUGUACUCAGCUGUUGGCAUAAACCAGUAUAACUUUCAAACAGCUCUUUUUUUUCAACCUUUGACAUUCUCCUUUUAUAUACAGUGCCUUAAGAAAGUAUUCAUACCCCGUGUCUCACCCAUCUCCACACAAUACAGGUCGCAAUUGUAAAUGAGAACUUGUUCUCAACUUGCCUACCUGGUUAAAUAAAGGUUAAAUAAAAAAAUAUAAAAAAAUACCCCAUAAUGACAAAGUGAAAACAUGUUUUUCCAAUUUUUUUUUGCUAAAUUAUUGAAAUAUCUAAUUUACAUUGGUAUUCACACCCCUGAGUCAAUACUUUGUAGAAGCACCUUUGGCAGCGAUUACAACUGUGAGUCUUUCUGGGUAAAUCUCUAAGAGCUUUCCACACCUGGCUUAUGAAACAUUUGUUCAUUGUUUUUUUCUAACUCCUUCAAGCUCUGUCAAAUUGGUUUUUUUCAUUUCUAGACAAACAUUUUCAGACCUUGGCAUAGAUUUUCAAGUAGAUUUAAGUCAAAACUGUAACUCGGUCACUCAGGAACAUUCACUCUCUUCUUGGUAAAGCAACUCCAGUGUAGAUUUGUCUUGUGUUUUAGGUUACUGUUGUGCUGGUGGAAGGCAGACUGAACCAGGUUUCCUUCCUCUCCGGCAACUGCGCUAGGAAGGACGACUGUAUCUUUGUAGUGACUGGUUGUGUUGAUAUACCAUCUAAAGGGUAAUUAAUAACUUCACCAUUCUUAAAGGGAUAUUCAAUGUCAGCUUUUUUUUUUACACCCAUCAACCAAAGGUGCCAUUCUUUGCAAGGCAUUGAAAAACUUCCCUGGUCUUUGUGUUUGAAUCUGUGUUUGUAAAUCAUUGCUCGAUUGAGGGACCUUACAGAUAAUUGUAUGUGUGGGGUACAGAGAUAUAGUCAUUCAAAAUUCAUGUUAAACACUAAUAUUCCACACAAAGUGAGUCCAUGCAACUUAUGUGCACAUUUUUACUCCUGAACUUUAGGCUUGCCAUAAAAAAGGGGUUGAAUACUUAUUAACUCAAGACAUUUCAGCUUUUUCUUUUUUAUGAAUUUGUAGUGACAGAAAAAAAUGUCAAUUUAAUCAAUUGACAAAAUCUCAAUUUUGCAACACAACAAAAUGUGGAUGGGGUGUGUCCAGGGGUGUGUGAACUUUCUGUUACAGGGCAACCAGAGAAUUGUGCACUUAGUCAGUGUGCCGUUUGGUCUCGUCGUACUCAUUCUCCUUGACACACUAAUUGUGGACAUGAUUUCUCGUUUAAUCUCAUUUUACACUACUUUGAGAGCCCUGAAUUACACUGUAGAGGCGUGACUGUCGAUGAUUCAUGCUCAAAUGGCAGACUGUAUAAUGAUGUAUGGUUUUGUAAAUAACAUUUGAACAGUUUUGAUGAGAAUUGGAGCGGGUUGUUACAACAAUUUUCCUCAGUGAGUGAGGAUGUUUGAAAUCGUGUCUUUAUAUUAAUGUACCACAAGUGCUGAGGCUUGGCCGCUGUGUGGAGAAAAUGUUUUCCCAAAAUAAAUGCCUUUUAUUUUAAACUC